GUGUCGUCCACGAUAAGACCAGACGAAGUACAAAAGGCCCCCGUGCCUCUGGCCUGUCGUUAGUCUGACAGGGCGUGUGACAUGGCUUCUACCCACGCCGUGGUGUUACUGGUCCUCGGACUCGCCAGCGUCGUGUGCGCCGACACAGAGGAAGGCGAGUUACAAAAAUGGCCGCUACUUCCUCAUCAAGAAGAAAUGGUCCUCGCGGCGGACGUCCAGAGCGCUGUCAAAUUCUACUUGAUCACUGAUGCUCAGCCCGACGGGGUGCGCGUGGACCUGGACAGGGAGGCCCUGCUCGCCGAGGGCUUCAACGCAUCGCGACCCUCCGUCGUGAUCGUCCACGGCUACGGACACGACAUUCGGGCGGAUCUGUUCGCCAAGGUGGCCGGAGCGUACCUGCAGGCCGACUACCCCACCAACGUCCUGGGCGUGGACUGGGGGGAGUUGUGCCCCAAGCCCAAGUACAUCGCCGCGCGGAGCCGGGUGGCCGCGGUGGGGGCCAGGGUGGCCGACCUGCUGGACUUGUUGCUGUCGAGCGGGCUGGGCAGCGCGGACCGCCUGCACCUCGUCGGCCACAGCCUGGGCGCGCACGUCGUAGGCAACGCGGCCAAGCGCACCAGGGUGGCCAGGAUAACAGGCCUGGACCCAGCACAGCCCUUGUUCUUCAACUCCUCGGCUGACCGCCUCGGCGCCUCUGACGCCGACCUGGUGGACGUGGUGCACACGUGCGUCGGACUCCUGGGGUACCGGAGGCCCCUCGGCCACGUGGACUUCUACCCCAACGGGGGGACGAUCUCCCAGCCGGGCUGCGGCAUCGUCAAGGAUCGACUGGGAAGUUGCAGUCACCUCCGUUCGUACGAGCUCUUCGCCGAGUCUAUUGUGAAUCCCGAGGCGUUCCCUGCCACGCAGUGUGGCUCGCUGAAGGACGCCCUUCGAAGCAAGUGCUCGGCUCCGGGCACGGCCAAUAUGGGACAGACGUUGCGGUUCACUGAGCCCGGCCUGUACUCUCUGCAGACGAGAGGUUCUUCACCCUUCAGCCUGGGCUAAGACAUGACAUUUCGCCAUUUGGCCGCUUUUGGACGGGUUCUACCAGACCGGUGUGGACGGCAACAUAAAAAAAGAGCUAACGGCCCGGACACCGGACAUGGUCCGAUCGAGCAGACCAACACGACCCAACAUCUCAGUCGGUGGACAAGCUCGACUUCGAGGGAUCGUCACUGGCACCGAUAGGGGUGGUUUGUACACCCCCACAUUGCAUAACAACCCACCACAUCCUCGCCAAUCAUCAUGACUGUAGAGCUGCUCAUGAAAUAACUACAGUUCGCCAUUGCCGCAACCGAGUAAAUCAAUAAACAAAGUAUCUAACUCUGAAUAAA